CGUUUUUGGGUACCAUCCCCUCCUCCGUCUUCUCUCAUCUUCGAUUUCAACCCAUCCAAUAGAUUCACUGAAAUACGAAAUCGGCAUCCCGAAACGAAAAGAUCGAGGCUAACUUGUUUUGUGGAAUUCAUUGUUCUAGGUAACCAUUUCAGGGAAGUGCGGAAUUUUCAGAGGUUGAGCCGCAAUGGGUCAUCUGAAGCCAGUUCAAAAGCGUCCCUCUCACGACGCGAAUUACAGGAUUUUUCGCCGGCGAGUCACCAUCAAAGCUUCGUAGACCUGCUGACAACCUCCUACAAUUUCUCUCAAUCUCAGAGCUUUCAUGAAUGCCCCUCCUGUCACAGGCGGUACAAGCACAAGCAGAGCCUCGUCUUUCAUUUGAGGGUCGAGUGCGGCAAAGAGCCCGCCCACGAGUGCCGGUUUUGCGGGAAGAAGUUCUCUCAAGCUGGCAACAUGAGGAAACACCAAGUCCUAGUCCAUUCUUACAAACCAUAAGCAUCGUUUUUCAACUCGUACGAAGAUCCUCUGUACUUCAACUCGUCCGAGAGCCCGAACAAACUGCAAGACGUGCAGAACUUCCUGAGGCCGUUCUCGGCGGUGACCCCGUCGAAAGAACUCUUCUUCCCGCCGAACAUGGUGCUCUUCGGGGAAGUGGUGAACGACCCGCUGAUGGACGCCAAGUACAUCGACCACAUCCUCCACUCGACGCAGGAGGGCCUGGCCGUCCUCAACUACUACCACCACAACAAGACGCUCAACAACCACAUGCGGCUCAAGCUGAGCAGCGUCAUCAUCAACUAUGAGCUCCAGUCCGACUUCAACAAGCGGCUCACGUCGCGGCAGUUCAUCAACAUGGCCAAAGCCAUCGUCGCCCUCUUCCCCGGCGAGCAGGAGGAGGUCUACUACACGCCGUACAAGAAGGACGUCCACGGCAACAAGUGCCUGGCCAAGGGGAAGCUCUGGGACAAGUACUUCAAUAGCCGCAGGAAGUUGAAGUCCUACGGGCUCAUCGAGCGGGGCCAGAGACGGAAGCCCGUCCGCAAGACAACCGACCCCCCUUGCAACUCCACCGCUCUCGUCCCUUCUAUCUCGCCCGCCUGUACCCUUCAGCCUGUAGACACGCUUGCCGCCUUCAAGGAGAACCACAACUAACUAGAGUUUUUUGAUUAGUUGAUUAAGAUCGCAUUCGAUAGUGGUUUGAUGUGUCGUUCGGCUCAAAACAAUAGAACAUCACCUCAAACAAAAAUUUUAGGAUUUAAGUAGG